AUGACUAAAUUUUUAGUUAAGUCAUUUUAGAUUCACUCAUUUUUUUUAACUAUAUUUUCUCCUCUAGCUUCUCUCAAAUAUUUGUUAAGUGAGAAUUAUUCAUAACAUUCUUGAAAAGCAUUCAUCUAAAUUUCCAACAGCCUAAUAAAAAAAUAAUUUCUAAAAUAAUAUUUUUAAAAAUUUCCGAUUGUCUAAAAAAGAUACAAUUCCAGACAGAAAGAAGGCAGUCCCCCAUUAGGGCGCUUAAUAAUCNAAAGUUGGUUUUAAUUUCUGAAGAAUAUGAACUUAGAUUAAACUAGAAAAAAUGUGGAAUCUUUUUCAUCCAAAAUCAUAAGCGCUGUUAAUAUAACAAUAUAUAAGGAUUUCCUAUUGUGAAAUCUUAUAAAUACCUCGGAAUAAAUAUAUUGAACAAUGGAAAAAUAAGUCUAUAGCUUGAUAAAGUAGAAUAAACUCUAAAAUUUUUAAGUGGAAAGUUGCUAUGGGUUUCUUAAAAACUUAAUUGGAAGCAGAAAUAUUAAUUAUUCUAAACUUUUCUCCUUCCACACAUACUCUAUAUUUGUCCUUCAAUCCCAACCUAGAAAUACAAAAACAUAUUUCAACGCUUAUAAAAAUUAUAUAAAUCUAGCUUUAAAAAGGUUUGUGGAUUUCCUAAAUGCUUACCUAACGAAUUUUUAGAUUUGAUAUUACCCCCUCUAGAACUUCUUAUAGCAAAGCAUACAAAUAAGGUUAUCAGUAGGAUGAACAACGGAAACUUUGGUUAAACUACUUUUAUCAAUAAUUACUUUAACGAGAUAGAAGAAAUGAAUUAAAAUUCAAUAUACAAAUUUCUCCCCAAUAAUUUUAAUUAGCUGUUCUACCUGUACCCUAAAAUCUGUAGGACCCACUAAUGUAAUCUUUCAUACCGCCAUAUAAUAAAUUUCCAUUCCAAUUUCCAUAUUUCAGAGUUUUUAAUAAAUCUAAGAGGCAUCUUCAAUAAUAAUUAGUAAAUACAAUAACCAAAAAACUAAUGUAAUAGAUUGGAAAAAAUAAUUGCAAAGCUUUUAACUGAAUGA